AACUAAAACAAACAUGUACGCCAAGGCUAUCGUCGUUCUGUGCGCUCUGGGCGUCGCCCACGGCAGCGGCAUCCUGGGAGCCGCCCCCGUCGCCUACAGCGCGGGUCUCUACGCCCCCGCCGUCACAUCCUACGCCGCCGCCCCCGCCGUCGUCACUAAGACCAUCACCCCCGGAUCCUCCUCGUACUCUUCUCAUUCCUCCACCGUCAACCACGGCUCAACCGUGACCACCUACGCCGCCGCCGCCCCCGCCGUCGUUGCCGCUCCCGCCGUGGCCACUUACGCCGCCGCCCCCGUCGUCGCUAAGACCGUCGCCGCUCCCGUCGUCGCCGCCGCCCCCGCCGUCACCACCUACGCCGCGGCCCCCGCCGUCGUCUCCAAGACCAUCACCCCCGGAUCCACCUCCUACUCCGCUUACUCCACUGACGUCGCUCACGGCUCCCCAGUGACCACCUACGCCGCAGCCGCUCCCGCUGUGGCCACUUACGCUGCCGCCCCCGCUGUGGCCACUUACGCCGCCGCUCCCGCCGUCGUAACUAAGACUUACGCCGCCGCCCCCGCUGUGGCUACUUACGCCGCCGGCCCCGCCUACACCACUUACGCUGCCGUAGCGACUUACGCCGCGGCCGCCCCCGCCUAUGCCACUUACGCCGCGGCCGCCCCCGCUUAUGCUACUUACGCCGCGGCCGCCCCCGCUGUUGCUACCUACGCCGCCGCCCCCGUUGUAGCCAAGACUUACGCUGCUGCCCCCGCCGUAGCCGUCUCUCGCACCAUUGCCCCAGCUGUGUCGUCCUACUCUUCCUACUCUACCCAGACCGCUCACGGCUCUCCCAUCGCCACCUACGCGGCUGCCGCUCCCGCCAUCGCCACUUACGCCGCUGCCCCCGCUGUGGCCACCUCCUACGCCGCCGCCCCCGCCGUCGUCACUAAGACCAUCACCCCCGGAUCCUCCUCGUACUCUUCUCACUCUACCUCCAUCAACCACGGCUCCCGUGUGGCUUAUGCCGCAGCUGCCCCCGCUGUUGCCACGUACGCCGCCGCCCCCGCCGUUGCCACGUACGCCGCCGCCCCCGCCGUUGCCACUUACGCCGCCGCCCCCGCUGUGGCCACUUACGCCGCCGCCCCCGCUGUCAUCUCCAGGACCAUCACUCCUGGAUCCUCCUCCUAUUCCGCUUACACUACUGACGUCGCCCACGGAUCUCCAGUAGCGACUUACGCCGCCGCCGCCCCCGCCUACACCACUUACGCCGCGGCCGCCCCCGCUUAUGCCACUUACGCCGCCACCCCCGCCAUCGCCUAUGGCGCCUACGGUGCCCACGGUGCCUACGGUGCCUACGGCGCCCACGGUGCCCACGGUGCCUGUCGCUGUUCGUCUCACCUUGACAAAGAAAGACAUUCACAGGGGGAAGUAUUGUCGGCUAUCGUCAUUCUGUGCGCUCUGGGCGUCGCCCACGGCAGCGGCAUCCUGGGAGCCGCCCCCGUCGCCUACAGCGCGGGUCUCUACGGCCCAGCCGUCACCUCCUACGCCGCCGCCCCCGCCGUUGUCACUAAGACCAUCACCCCCGGAUCAUCCUCGUACUCUUCUCACUCUACCUCCAUCAACCACGGCUCCCGUGUGGCUUACGCAGCGGCUGCCCCCGCUGUUGCCACGUACGCCGCCGCCCCCGCAGUUGCCACUUACGCCGCCGCCCCCGCUGUGGCCACUUACGCCGCUGCCCCCGCUGUCAUCUCCAAGACCAUCACUCCUGGAUCCUCCUCCUAUUCCGCUUACACUACUGACGUCGCCCACGGAUCUCCAGUAGCGACUUACGCCGCCGCCGCCCCCGCCUACACCACUUACGCCGCGGCCGCCCCCGCUUAUGCCACUUACGCCGCCGCCCCCGCCUACACCACUUACGCCGCGGCCGCCCCCGCUUAUGCCACUUACGCCGCCGCCCCCGCCAUCGCCUACGGUGCCUACGGUGCCCACGGUGCCUACGGUGCCUACGGUGCCUACGGUGCCCACGGUGCCCACGGCUCCAUGAGCGCCGUAGCCGAUGCGGCCGAUAGCGGGAAUACCGUGAGCGAUGGCGGGGGCGGCGGCGUAGGACAGAGCGGGAGCGAUCCCGUGGCCGAGCGAGAUAGCGGGGGUGGCGUAGGACACAGCUGGGGCGGCGUAAGACACAGCUGGGGCGACAGAUUGAUCAUCGCUGUCUGCGUCCUGGGCGUCGCGCACGCCGGUGGCCUCAUCGGUGCCGCUCCGCUGUCCUACGGGCACGGCAUCGCCCCAGCUCUAUCCUACGCGCCCGCGCUCACCUCAUACGCUGCACCCGCCCUCGUGUCCAAGGCCAUCGCUCCCGCCACCUCCUUCUCGUCCUACACCACUCACACCUCACACGGUUCCCCCGUGGUCGCCGCAGCUCCUCUGGCCGUGUCCCACGCUCCAGCUGUGUCCUACGCCGCCCCAGCUAUCUCGGUAGCUCACUCUGUUGCCCCAGCUGUGUCCUACGCCGCCCCAGCUGUGUCCUACGCCACCCCCGCUAUCUCGCUCGGCCACGGGAUCGCUCCCGCUCUGUCCUACGCCGCCGCCCCCGCCAUCGCUCACGGCAUUCCCGCUAUCGGCCGCAUCGGCUACGGCGCUCAUGGAGCCUGCUAUAAUUUUCUGUACUGUGACAACUUCAUGCAUACAAAGACAAGCAAAUCUUGUAUGAAAGUUCUACAGUGGAGUGAACUAUCGCACGACAUGUAUUCAAAGGUCAUUGUAUUCCUGUGCGCAGCGGGCAUCGCCUCCGCUGGCAACCUGCUAGGCGGCGGCAUCGCCUACGGUGCCCCCGCGUCAGUGGCGUACUCAGUCCAGAGCACGGCCCACGCCGCACCCAUCGCAUCCUACGGUGCCCCCCUUAUAUCCAGAGCCAUCGCAGCCCCUGCCUACUCCAGCUACGCGGCCGGCCCCGUCUCCUACGCCUCACCCCUGAUCUCCAGGACCAUCGCAGCCCCUGCCUACUCCAGCUACGCCGCUGCCCCCGUGUCCUAUGCCUCCCCCCUUAUUUCGAGGACUAUCGCUGCCCCCUCGUACUCCAGUGUGGUAUCGGCUCCGGUAGCCUCAUACGCGGCGUCAUACGGCUCCCCUCUCAUCGCCAAAACUAUUGCGGCCCCUGCCGUGGCUAGCUACUCGUCCGCCCCAGCUGUGUCCUACCAGUCCGUACAAACGCAUAGCAGCCCUGUAACUUACGCGGCCGCUGCUCCUAUUGUAGCUAAAAGCAUAGCAGCACCAGUGGUAGCGCGUACCUAUGCCUCCACUCCUCUUAUCUCCAGUUCCUACUCUGUUGCACCCGUAGCUCGCGCGUAUGCUCCAUCUCUGUCUUACGCAUCGGUUCCCUCUAUCUCUACGAUUGCCGCUCCCUCUCUGUCCUACUCGGCCGCCCCGGCCAUUUCUCUGGCCGCGUCUCCCGCUCUGUCCUACGGCUACGGAGCCGGCUACGGAGCCGGCCACGGAUGGUAAACCAAAGGAAUCGCAAACCAUCGUACCUGUUGAUAAUAUAUAAUACUUGUUAUGAAAGUUGUAAUUAUAUUUUA